AGAAGCGCGCCGCUCCCAGUCAUUUGUCGUAAGUGCUGACCAAAAGAGGAAAAGAAGAAACCUAAAAAAGAUUUUACCAAAGGUUUGAAUUCGUCAAGUGUUACGCACUUUUGUCAGGGGAAUUAACCGUGCCAAGGUAAAGGAAUAACAUCUUUUUUCACUGGAUCCAGCCCCUGGGUUGAGAGGGAAGCAGCCAUGUCAGGCACCUACGACGACUCCAUGAUCGACGUCUCCAGCGACAGCUUCUGGGAGGUGGGGAACUACAAGCGGACGGUGAAGCGCGUGGACGAUGGGAACCGGCUGUGUAAUGACAUGAUGACCUGCAUCCACGAGCGCGCGCGCAUCGAGAAGUCCUACGCCCAGCAGCUGACCGAGUGGUCCAAGCGCUGGAGACAGCUGGUGGAGAAAGGGCCUCAGUACGGGACGCUGGAGCGGGCGUGGACCGCCCUGAUGACCGAGGCGGAGAAGGUCAGCGACCUGCACAUGGAGGUGAAGUCUGCGCUGAUGGGGGAGGACUUUGAGAAGGUGAAGAACUGGCAGAAGGAGGCCUACCACAAGCAGAUGAUCGGGGGCUACAAGGAGACCAAGGAGGCCGAUGACGGCUUCCGCAAGGCUCAGAAGCCCUGGGCCAAGAAGCUCAAAGAGGUGGAGGCCAUGAAGAAGGUGUACCACUCGGCCUGCAAGGAGGAGAAGCUGGCCACCAGCCGAGAGAACAACAGCAAGCUGGAGAACAACAGCAACCCUGAGGCGCAGAAGAAGCUGCAGGACAAAGUGGAGAAGUGCCAACAGGACGUGCAGAAGGCCAAGGAGCGCUAUGAGAAGUCUCUGGAGGAGCUGGAUAAAUGCACUCCUCAGUACAUGGAGAACAUGGAGCAGGUCUUUGAGCAGUGGCAGCAGUUUGAGGACAAGAGGAUCCGCUUCUUCAGUGAGCUUCUGAUGGAGGUGAAGAACCACCUGGACCUGUCUACGAACCACAAGUUCCAGACCGUUUAUCAGACAUUGGAGGACAGGGUGAACGCCGUGGAUGCCGACGAGGAUCUGAAGUGGUUCCGGUCCAACCACGGUCCAGGGAUGCCCAUGAACUGGCCGCAGUUUGAGAUUCUGGACCUCUCCCGGCCUCGCGCCCAUAAGAGAAGGUCCAUUGUAGACUGGUCUGUAGACCUGAACCGGACUCUCAGCAGGAGGGACAAGAAGAAGCCGGGAGAAGGAGUGACUCUCACUGGGAUCAGCCAGACCGGGGAGCAGGCAGCCAAGAGCAGCAGCCUUACUGUACCCAACAGCACUGAGCAGGUGGGCUUAAACCCCUUUGACGAAGAGGACGAGGAAGAGGCAGAGACACCCGCCGAACAGCCUGACAGCGGCCCUGUCACUGUCGUAAACGAGGAGGUUGAAACCAAAACCACAAGCAGCACGGAGAAGACCCAGGAGUGGUCGGACGAGGAGACUGGGAACCCCUUCACAAGUGACACCAACGGGAAUGACAACGGGAACGGGAACCCGUUUGAGGACGAGCCCUCCACCCCCACCAUGGCGGUGCCCGUCAAGGCCCUCUACGACUAUGAAGGCCAGGAACAGGACGAGCUCAGCUUCAAAGCAGGUGACGAGUUAAUGAAGAUCGCCGACGAGGACGACCAGGGGUGGUGCACGGGCCGGCUGAAGAACGGGCACGUGGGACUGUACCCUGCCAACUACGUGGAAGACAUCCAAUAAGAGGAGGAGGAGGAAGAGGAAGGAGGAGACUGGAAGCUGAGCUCCCUAGCGCGUUGUGUAUAGAGGACAGUGUCAGGAACCGCCGCAGCGAUCGCCCAUCUCCCACACUUUAGUGAGGCUGCAGCUGAAAGCUCGAGAUCAGGUACCGAAUCACGGCCAUAUGCAGCAAAGAAGAUUCAGCUCAUACCCAUCAAUGCCUUCUGUGGCAGGGACUACUGGACUAAUGGCCUCAUCUCCGUUAAUGACAUGCAUCAUGAAGAAAAUUCAGCUGAUCCGCACAAUAUGUUCGUAUUAAUGGCAGAUACGGCAGAGAAAACUUCUCUCCAAAACUCAUCACAAUUCAAGGACAAUUCGCCAGAAAUAAAAUUUGCCUAAUUUCCACAGUGGUCCCCAUUAACGACAAACUGGUUAUUUUUAUUGGCAAAAAUACUGAGCCGGCAUGAUGUGGACAAACCUACAAUGGAGAUGUAUUCUUGUUUAUUUGGUCAUUCCUUGUACAUAUGAUUUUAUGAUUAUACUUUUACUUUAAAUGCCUUGAUUUUUUAAACGUCCAUUUAUUUUUCUUUCUGGGUUAAUGUGUUACAGUAUGCUGAAUUGUUCCUGGGCCCACAAACGGUCAGGAAUAGAAGACAAAUCUGGAUGUUACAAGUUCUCUACAUGAAGCAGUUUUUCUCUAGAAACAUUCACAAAUCAAAAUAUAGGCUGUUUGCUUGGGGUGUACAGUCUUUUCCACCUGUUACACAAUGUUUGUUACACAAGAUAUCAUUCCAUUUUUCUGUUCUGCAGUCACAAGAGUUGUUACUAGUAAAAUCUUCUUUUGAGUUAGACUUGCUGUAAGUUUUUUGUUAAUCAUUUAGCACAUAUAAACACGUCAAAUGGAGGACCUUUAGAAAUCUGACUGAAGAAGGCUCAAUAUUUCACUUUCAGCUAGACUGGUGUAUUCACAUUAUAACUUCCCUUAUUGGUUGUACACUGUUCGCUCAUCAUACUUAUCAUGGGGCUUGUGAACUUUCACACUGCCGUCACAAAAUUGCCAAUUAUUGCUCUUGUGUAAAAAAAAAAAAAGAAUAAUGUGUGCUCUCGGAAUGUUUGGGAAAUCUCACUUGAAGCUACCAUAUUUAUUCAAGCUAGCACUGGACGCUGAAUGCCUCGCAGUUCAAGGAGAUCGUUGAACCGCUAAAAUCCGAUGUUCUUUAACAUCAGACCCUGAUUGAAUGUUUUAACACAAUACAAAUAUAUAUUUGCAUGUAAAUAAAGAUGAAGCUAUGGCCAAGUAGCACAGAAAAAAAAUUGUAGGUAAUUACAUUUUUACUAAUUUCAGGACUAUUAAUUUAUAUUGCCUUAAGUGAUGUUUGCUGUUGGGCUGAUGCUGUGAUCUCAGAUCAGCUUGUACAAUAAUUUAACUUUUUUUGGCUCAUCAGGUAUGAUUUUGAGGUUGUUAAUUGUAAAUAAAUGUUUUUCCCCCUUGA